AUGGCGGGGCUGCCUCCGGUCGCCAGCGCGACGGCGUCGCUGCUGCUGCUGCUGCUGCUCGCGGUGACCGCGGCGGCGGCGCGCGAGGAGCGGGGCCUGGCGGCGCGGGUGGAGGGCCCGCCGCCGCGGCACCGCCACGCGUACGCCGCCAUGAUGUACAUGGGCACGCCGCGGGACUACGAGUUCUACGUCGCCGUGCGCGUCAUGAUGCGCUCCCUCACCCGUGUCCGCGCCGACGCCGACCGCGUCCUCAUCGCCUCCGCCGACGUGCCGCGCGACUGGGUCCGCGCAAUGACAGAAGAGGAUGGCUUGAGGGUGGUGAUAGUGGAGAACCUCAGGAAUCCUUACGAGGGCAACCUAGGAGGGAUCAACAAGAGGUUCAAGCUGACACUGAACAAGCUUUAUGCGUGGACCCUGGUGGACUAUGAGCGUGUCGUCAUGAUUGAUUCCGAUAACAUCUUCCUCCAGAACACAGACGAGCUAUUCCAAUGUGGACAGUUCUGUGCUGUUUUCAUCAACCCGUGCUACUUCCACACUGGUCUUUUCGUGCUCCAGCCUUCUAUUGAUGUAUUCAAGGGCAUGCUUCAUGACCUAGAGACUGGCCGUGAAAACUCUGAUGGUGCUGACCAAGGCUUUUUGAUUGGGUGCUACCCAGACUUGCUCGACAAACCAAUGUUUCACCCUCCUGAGAAUGGCACGAAGCUCAAUGGGACCUAUCGCCUUCCUCUUGGCUAUCAAAUGGAUGCAUCCUACUACUAUCUCAAGCUACAUUGGCAUGUCCCGUGUGGGCCAAACAGUGUUAUCACAUUCCCCAGCGCACCUUGGUUUAAACCUUGGUACUGGUGGUCCUGGCCGGUCUUGCCACUAGGACUUUCCUGGCACAAGCAGCGCUGGGACGAUCUUGGGUAUGCUGCUGAAAUGCCAGUGAUACUGAUGGAGGUUUUAAUGUACAUAGUUAUCAUAACAGUCACCAGAUUGGCAAGGCCAGGGAUGACCAAACUGUGCUAUAACCGACGUCCUGAGAAGCUAAGUGCUCUGGUGCAGUGGCUGAUCAAGCUGGCUGCAAUUGUGGCUGUGGUGGCUGCAUAUUCCGUUCCAUUCUUUGUGAUCCCACGCACAGUUCACCCGAUCAUGGGCUGGUCUAUCUACCUAUUUGGUGCGCUUGCCUUGUCAGUGCUCGUUAUCAAUGUUUUUCUGCUCCCACCACUUGACGUGCUUACAACGUGGCUCGCGAUUGUGGGCAUGCUCAUCGUUAUGGCAUUCCCAUGGUACCCUGAUGGUGUUGUGAGGGCUCUGGCAGUCUUUGGAUAUGGAUUUUGCUCGGCGCCAUUCUUGUGGGCAUCCAUGGUGAGGAUGAUGGACUCACUGCAGACGAUGCUGGAGAGGGAUCCAUUCUUCCCCCGAAUUGGUGAACCAACACAGGAGACUGAAUUCAGCAAGCUGUUCUGA